AUGUCGCACAACGAGGAGAAGCAGUUAAUAUCCCAUAAAGGGGAAAAAAGAAGAAGCUUUACCUUUGAAUUUAAGACAACAGUUGUUGAUCACGCAAUUAGUACAUCAAAUCGCGAAGCAGAAAGAAAGUACGGUGUCGAUGAAAAAAGAGUAAGAGAAUGGAGAGCUAAUGUGGAGAAGUUGAAACAAGGAGCAGCGAAAAGAUUCAAACUAGAAGGAGGAGGUUGCAAAAUCAAGAAUCUUGAUUUAGAAGAAGAUCUGCUCGAAUGGAUACAUGAUAGGAGAGCUAAUUCUUUGCGUGUUUCGAGAAAACUGAUAAUGAGAAAAGCAAAAGCAAUGGACGAUGAAAAAGCUGGAGAGGACACUGUUGCAAAAAAUAGUUUCCAGGCUAGUCGAGGUUGGUUGGAAAAGUUCAUGAAACGAAAUUGUCUUUCAUUACGUCGUAGAACGACAACAGUUCAAAAGGACCCAGCGUAUCUUGUGGACAGGUUGGUGCAGUAUGUAGUACAUGUCCGCCGAAUGUCAAAGAAAUACCAAUUCAACGCCGGUUCGAUUCUUGCAAUGGACGAGACUGCUGUUUGGGCAGAUAUGACAGCACCUACAACGGUGUCACAGCGUGGCGAACGAGAAAUUAUGCUUAAAUCGACUGGUCAUGAAAAGGUCAGAAUUUCUGUAUGCUUGACAGCAAAGGCAGACGGAAGUAAAUUUAAACCAUUUAUUGUUUUUGGUGGUGCAAAACGCGAAUGCAAAGAACUAAAUACUGAAUUCAAAAAUAAAUGCGUAGUUGUGUCCUCAAAAAAUGCAUGGAUGAACGAGGAACUCACCUUACACUAUGUGCAAACAGUUUUAGGAAAGUUUUCCUUUAAUCGACGCUUGUUAGCUUGGGAUUCAUUUAAAUGCCACAUGAUGGAUUCCGUGAAACAAGAAUUGUCAAAAGGCAGAAUUGAGAAUGUCAUAAUUCCCAACGCAUGGAAUGGUUUGAGCACAGAAAUGAUUAUCAAAUCUUUCAAGUCGUGUGGUUUAAAUUUAGCUCUUGAUGGAUCAGAGGAUGGACAAAUCCAUUGUUUUAAAGAAGGAUCGUCCUGUUCAUCUGGUGCUAUACCUUAA